CUGGGCGCGGGGGGCGCUCCCGGCCAGGAUGAGCUCACUGCAGUCGCGCCGGGGCUGAGCGCCGAGCCGGGCGGCGGCGGGGCAGGCGCGGCUCCUCGGCGGGGCCGGGCCGCGGCCACCAUGCUGGGCCUGGACGCGUGUGAGCUGGGGGCGCAGCUGCUGGAGCUGCUCCGGCUGGCGCUGUGCGCCCGAGUCCUCCUGACCGACAAGGAGGGGAGGCAGCUACCGCCGGAUGAGGCGCUGGACGAGGCCCUGCCGGAGUACCGGGCCCCGGGGAGGAAGAGCCUCCAGGAGAUCCAGCAGCUGGACCCAGACGACAAGAGCCUGGCCAAGUACAAGCGGGCUUUGCUGGGGCCCGGGCCGCCCGCCGCGGACCCCAGCCUGCCCAACGUGCAGGUGACCAGCCUGACACUGCUAUCUGAGCAAGCUCCAGGCCCCAUCACCAUGGACCUCACAGGGGAGCCGGCUGCACUGAAACACCAGGUGUUCAUCCUGAAGGAGGGCGUUGAUUACAAAGUGAAGAUCACCUUCAAGGUCAACAAGGAGAUCGUCAGUGGCCUCAAGUGCCUGCAUCACACUUACCGCCAGGGCCUGCGCGUGGAUAAGGCCGUGUACAUGGUGGGCAGUUACGGCCCAAGCGCCCACGAGUACGAGUUCGUGACUCCGGUGGAGGAGGCGCCACGGGGACCGUUGGUGCGUGGAGCCUAUGUGGUCACAUCCUUCUUCACGGACGACGACAGGACGGACCACCUGUCCUGGGAGUGGGGCCUCCACGUCUGCCAGGGCUGGAAGGGCUGAGCAUCCCCACCUCAGGGCUGUUUUCCCACCUGUGGUCCUUGUUUCCCCUAGCCCCUGUGACCAGACCCCCAGAUCCUCUGCCCUGGCCUGGCUGCCCACUCCCAGGCCAGCUCUGUGCCCUGAGCAGUCCUAUUAAAUGUCACCCUGUCUCUGU